AUGAACCUGAGUAGGUAAAUAUUUUCCACCAUCCACCAUUGACGCAAUACUUAGGUUGUGUAACGUCGAGUUCAAAUACCCCAUUCACUGCAGGUAUAUCGCUGCAUUAUCUUGCUCAAUCUUUGAUAUCCCAAGGUUCUACUGGUUCUACUGACUCGUACCUACAUAGAUAAGUACCAACAACUGGACCAACACUGUACCAACAUGACAGUGAUUGGGAAGCAUGAAGAAGUGGAUAUCUGGUUGGUUGAGUGUCCCACAUCAUUGGGUAGAUCGGAGAGCAUGAGAUAGCCACCCAUCAGAUAAUCUUGAAACUAUUCCGACAUGUUGGGGUUUGCAUGAAAAUCGGAUAUUAAAGACGGGUCUGCUCUCUUUUAUGUUACUCGAACUUCGACGAAGUUUCUCGAAUGGAAUCGAAAACUGUGUAUGGUCAGACCUGGUUGGUGCAGUUCAAGGUAUCCUUCCCUAUCUGAAGGCGUAGAAUGAUGAGGAAGUAAUUGACAGCUCCUGUCCUAGAUCCAACGAAGAGAAACCAUAUAGUAUAA